AUGUACAACCUUGCCCGCGCCCGGCCGCUGGCUCGCGCUGUUCGCGCUGCUGCUGAAACACCACUGAAGCGCUCCGUCAUCCAGCAAAGGAGAGGCCUUGCCAUCCACGAAUACAGGUCCGCGGCCCUGCUCGAGUCGUAUGGCAUUGGUGUGCCCAAGGGCGGCGUCGCUACCAGCGGCGCAGAGGCUGAGAAGAUUGCCCAGGAAAUUGGCGGAGAGGACGCCGUCAUCAAGGCCCAGGUUCUUGCCGGAGGCCGUGGCAAGGGAACCUUUGACAACGGCUUCAAGGGCGGUGUCAGGGUUGUCUACUCUCCCCGCGAAGCAGCCAUCCUUGCCGAGCAGAUGAUCGGCCACAAGCUUAUCACCAAGCAAACUGGAGCCGCCGGCCGGCUCUGCAACUCCGUAUUCAUUGUCGACCGCAAGUUUGCCCGCCGUGAGUUCUACCUCGCCAUCCUCAUGGACCGCGCUUCCCAAGGCCCCGUCAUUGUCGCUUCGUCGCAAGGUGGAAUGGACAUUGAGACCGUCGCAAAGGAGCACCCCGAGGCCAUCAUCACCACCCCCAUUGACAUUCACAAGGGCGUCACCGACGAAAUGGCGCGCAACAUUGCGACCGAGCUUGGUUUCUCGGAGCAGUGCAUCGAGGAUGCCAAGGACACUAUCCAGAAGCUCUACAAGGUUUUCAUGGAGAAGGACGCUACCCAGAUCGAGAUCAACCCCCUCUCUGAGACUACCGACCACCAGGUCCUCGCCAUGGAUGCCAAGCUCAACUUUGACGACAACGCCGACUUCCGUCAGAAGGAGGUCUUUGACUGGAGGGACAUUACCCAGGAAGACCCCGACGAGGUCAAGGCCGCCAAGGUUGGUCUUAACUUCAUCAAGCUCGACGGUGAUAUUGGCUGCCUCGUUAACGGUGCCGGUCUGGCCAUGGCUACCAUGGACAUUAUCAAGCUCAACGGCGGUGCGCCCGCUAACUUCUUGGAUGUCGGUGGCGGUGCUACCCCCGAGGCCAUCAGGCAAGCUUUCGAACUCAUCACCAGCGACCCCAAGGUCACUGCCAUUUUCGUCAACAUCUUUGGUGGUAUCGUCCGCUGUGACGCCAUUGCCAAGGGUCUCAUCCAGGUUGUCCAGGAAAUGAACCUCAAGACUCCUGUUAUUGCUAGGUUGCAGGGUACCAACAUGGAGGCUGCGCAGAAGCUGAUCAACGACUCUGGUCUUAAGAUUUUCUCCAUCGAUGAUCUCCAGGGUGCUGCUGAGAAGUCGGUUCAGUUCUCAAAGGUUGUCAAGAUGGCACGUGAUAUUGACGUUGGUGUUGAGUUCACUCUGGGUAUCUAA